AUGAAGAUAAGUCAUGUAACAUUGAUCAUGAACAUUCUCCAUCUAUUGUUUAUUCAAUCUACUGAAAGUUAUGCUGUUUUAGAAGGUAAAAAAAUUGUGAAGAAAGUUUAUACAAAACGCCAACCCAUAGUAUUAACAGCUGCAGCUGGUUUUAUGUCAAGUACAAACAGUAUUGAAACAAUGAAUAAUAGUAAUGCUAAUCGUAGUAUAUUUAAUAAUGGGAAUGGUUUCUCUACUAUUCAUCAUGUUCCCAAGAACUCAACUGGUGAAUACAUCCCACCAAAUUUUAUUACUGGAGCACAUUUAGCGCCUGCACACUCUAUAUUCUCAGAUAUUAAUAAAGAAAACUAUACGAAAUGGUCAUUUUCUACUACAUUUGACCCAUCGACUCCAUCUCAGUUAAAUAAAGAAGUCAACAAAGAUAUAUUAACAGAUUUUUCUUUGUAUGAUCAACAAAAUCAAACAGAGGGAGAGACUCAUUCAUUUGGUGGGGGGAAUCAACAACAAAUUAUGGAAACUGAUAAUGAUUUCCCACAAAUUCAUUCGGACUACCUUUAUGAUACAAAUUAUGAUUUCCCGGAAGAAAUGAAUAAAUAUCAAGUUGUAAUAUCAUCGGAUAUGGAUCCUCCAUAUUCUAUGGACCAACCAAAUGGAGCUGCUAUCAACUCAUCUAAAUUUUUAUGGUCAUAUAAUAGAGAUUAUGAUCAAUCCAUGGAGGAAAAAGUGCAAUUUAAGCAGAAUAUCUAUGUAGAUAAUCAACAGAAGAAAGAAGAAGCACGUCCAGUUUAUCAUUCACCAGUUCGUUGGGCAAUAAGACAAAUAGCUACAAAUGGACAACCAAGACACAUUGCUUGUAGUCAACCUUUAGAUAGAGGCGUAGGUUCUAAUGAAUUAUCUUCUUGGUACUACGAUUCGAAUGAUGGGAGAUGUCGCUGGUUUGGAUAUCGUGGAUACGGUGGGAAUGCUAAUAGAUUUUACAGCCGCACAGCUUGUGAAGAAUUGUGCGUUCGAGAUAACCAAAACUUAUGUGAGUUUGCCAAAUGUCCAAAAUCAAUCACAACCUGUGAACUUGUUGGUGAUCAAUCAUGCAAAGUUUACAAACAACAACAUUCUAAAUCAUGGGAAGCUGAAUGUCCACCAGAUCAACCAGUCUGUGUCACUAAACGAAACACAAGAAUGGCACCAGAUAUUGAAUUUGAAAAUGUUCCAUCUGAAUGCAAACAACCACCUGAUGCUGGAUCAUGUCAAAUAAAAAAUCCAUCACAAAAUUUUUUCUAUGAUAUAGAAAGCAAUGAUUGUACAUCAUUUUAUUUUCAUGAAUGUGGUGGAAAUGAUAAUCGAUUUGUUACAAAAUCUGAAUGUAUGAGUCAUUGUUCACCUUGAAUAAAUUUUUUAACAUCAUCUUUGUCUUACAUUAUCUUCUCUUCCUUAACAUUACCAUAAUCAUUCUUAUCAACCAUGGAAAAAACCAACAAACAUAAUCACUUUCGUUCAUAUCUCUCAACUUAUCAUAAUUAUCAUCAGAAGUGGUGUCAGUUUCAUUAUUGUUAUUAUUAUUAAUGCUAUCAUCCAAAGAUAUCUCAUAUUCAUGAAUAGCCAUACUAGUAAUAUAUAUAUACAUCCUUUCUUGGGAAUAAACAAACACAUAGCAUUAACAUAAUUUCUAAUGAAAGGAAUGUGACAACAUUUUCUGAUUGUUCCUCUUCGUCGUCGUCGUCUUCUUCUUCUUCUUCAAUAAACUGCCUAACUUGGUUGAUUUUAAUUAAAUUAAUUCACUGAUAAUAACGUUAAAACUUUUAUAUCGAACUGAAUCAAACGAUUAUAAUAGUGAUGAUUGUUUUGUUUUUCAUUUGCUUACAUAAACAUUCUUAAUACUAUAUAUACAUUCAUACUUUUCAAUCCUUUUACUCUGUCCUAUUAAAAUAUUAAAGAGAAUUAAAAAAUGAA